UGUGUCUGAAGGAGCCCACUGUCGUCCAAACAGAUGUGAGGAAGCAGAACGCACUUCCGGUUCAGUUCUUCCGAGGUACUGCUGCUCAGCUGACUGACCGCUGACAGCCAUGCGGUUUCGUUUCUGUGGCGAUUUGGACUGUCCAGACUGGGUACUGGCCGAAAUAAGCACAUUAGCCAAGAUUUCAAGUGUCAAAAUGAAACUACUCUGUGCUCAAGUGCUGAAGGAUUUGCUCGGGGAUGGCAUUGAUUAUGAUAAGGUUACAAAGCUUACUGCAGAUGCAAAGUUUGAGAGCGGAGACAUCAAAGCUAGUGUGGCAGUGCUCCGCUUCAUUUUCUCCAGUGCAGCGAAGCAUGAUGUUGACAGUGAGUCCCUGUCCAGUGAGCUGCAGCAGCUCGGUCUGCCUAAAGAACACACGACGGGUCUCUGCAAAUCAUAUGAAGACAAGCACUCCGCGCUGCAAGGCAAACUAAGAGAGACAAGUCUGAGAUUGGGCCGACUGGAGGCCGUGUCCUGGCGCGCCGACUACACGCUGAGCUCCAGUGAACUGAGGGAGGUGAAUGAACCAAUUAUUCAGCUUAAACUGCAGACACAAGGAGCAGAGUCAGGCUCAACAGAGACGACUGUUUUUUCGGUUUCUGCUGACAAGUUCAGAGUCUUGCUUGCAGAGCUCAAACAAGCCCAGACUAGGAUGAAUGCACUACAAUGAAGAGUGGACAGUAAAGUCAGGCCAGACGUAAUAAUGCUGUUAAAAAGUGCCAUACCUAUCUUUGAUAUGAAUGUUGUCAUUUGUAUUGACUGAUAAUUAAUUGUAUUUUUCUACCACAUUAGUUAUAAUAAUUGGUUGAAAUAUGUCCAGACUGAAUGGACCAUUUUUGUAAAAUAUUGUAUAUUGGUUCAC